AUGUUUUCCAAGUCGAUCCUUACGGCCGCUGCUCUUUUGGGCAUCUCCGCCGUUGAAGCACACAUGAUCAUGACUGAGCCCAUUCCCUAUGGAAAGGAUACCCUCAACAACUCGCCUUUGGCAGCCGAUGGCAGCGACUUUCCUUGCAAGCUGCGCUCCAACACCUACGAGGUCAGCGAGUGGAAUACCGCCCAGAUCGGGGAGAGCAUGCCUUUGACCUUUGAGGGUUCCGCCACUCACGGUGGUGGCUCCUGCCAAGUCAGUCUGACCACCGAUCUGCAGCCUACCAAGGAUUCCGAAUGGAUGGUCAUCAAGUCUAUCGAGGGUGGCUGCCCCGCCAACGUGGAUGGAAACCUUUCCGGUGGUGCUUCCAUGGCCGACCCUACCAAGUUCAACUACACCAUUCCGGACGGCAUUAGCCCCGGCAAGUACACGCUCGCCUGGACUUGGUUCAACCGCAUCGGAAACCGUGAGAUGUACAUGAACUGUGCGCCCCUUGAGGUCCAGAGCGCUUCUUCUAAGCGGUCCGAUGUUGAAGAAAAGCGCGAUGUCGAGAAGCGCUCUUCCACCUUCCCUCCCAUGUUUGUCGCCAACGUCAACGGUUGCACCACCUCCGAAGGUGUCGACAUCCGAUUCCCGCAGCCUGGUGACGACAUCCAGUACAAUGGCGAGCCCAGCAACCUGGCUUCCGCUGGCGCCGCCGCCUGUACCGGUACUCCCACUUUUGCUGCCGCUGGUGACAGCAGCACUGGCUCCUACUCUGGAUCUGGCUCCAGCUCUGGUUCCGGCUCUGGCUCCGCCAGUUCUUCGGCCGCUGCUGUUGUUACUUCUGCCCCGGCCGCCACCUACACUGCUCCUGCGGUUGCGAACACUCCUGCACCCAGCUCUGGAAGCAGCGGCUCCAGCUCUGGUUAUGGUUCUGGCUCCGGUUCUGGCUCCAACUCUGUCUCCAGCCCUCAACCCAGCUCUAGCUCCAGUGCAAGCUCCAGCUCCAGCUCUGGUGCGCUCUCUGGAUCUUGCAGCGUGGAGGGCGAGUGGAACUGCAUCAAUGGCUCCUCUUUCCAGCGCUGCGCCAGCGGCCAGUGGACCGCUGUUCAGAAUGUGGCUGCCGGUACCCAGUGCACUGCUGGACAGAGCUCCAACUUGGCCAUUUCCGCCAUCAAGUUGAAGCCCCGUACCGUUAGGGAGGGCCGCGCCAGACGCCACGCUCACGGU